AUGCCCACGACACAAGGCUUAAUUGCCGGCAUUCGGGAGGCUUGUUCAACCAGCUGCCAAGAAGAGGAUGAAGCCCAACCAUACAAAAACAAAUACCAAGCGGCGGAUUUGUUGAAGAAACUUCUGGGUGAGCGCGCCAUUUGCUCUGAAGAGCCCGCAUCAAACGCAGAGAGCAGCAAAAGUCAAUCAGCGUCAGCAACCGAUGCUCCAGGCCAGCAGGGAGCUUCCUCGGACUCUGCCGAGGCGGUUAGCAGUAGCACGGAUAGCGUGCCAGUUUCGGCGCAACCCUCCGAUGAGGAGCUAGCGGCCGCAGCCGCACGAAUUCGCUGCGGUCUCAUCCUGUUGGAAACAGACCUCUUAUCCGAUGGUGAAUCUAGCAUUAAAGCUGGGCUCCCCAUUCUCGAGAAGGCUCCUGAAGCCUACAUGGCAUGGUUGCUUGAGGCGUACAACGCUCUUGGCGCGCUCUACAGCGAUCGUAGCGACCUGCCAGUAGCCCUGAAGUGGCUCAAGCAGGCCGAGGAGCUCUACCGGCGGAUCACCGCAGCAGUAACGGUGCUAACGGCACCAACGGUACCAACGGUGACAGCUCCAAGCCCGCAGGACAACACUUGCUGCAGCAGCAACAGCAGCAGCAGCAGAACACACAAGGACAAGAACAAGGACAAGAACAAGGACAAGAACAAGGACAAGAACAAGGACAAGAACAAGAACAAGAACAAGGACAAGGACAAGGACAAGGACAAGGUUCCGAGGGCGGCCAGGACAGUGGCAGCUGCGAGGACUGUGACGCCUCCGGGCCGGGCACACAAAGCGGGGUGCCCGGCGGAGGUUGAGGCGGAGGCCGCCCCGGAAGGCGAGCAGCGCGUGGAUCCGCUGUCGCCGUCGCCCCUGCCGUCGCAGCUUCCGGACAAUGACCCUGACGCCGUACAGUUGCAGUACACGAAGACGCUCUUCUACCUGGCGCAGGUGUACGGCCACAUGAAGGCCCAGGAUCGGUCCGCCUUGUACUGCGCAGCCACGCUGUACCGCCAACUGGCUUCCGGUUGGUCGUUAGGGGCUGGUGUGGGGGCUGUGGGGGGCGAUGAGGGGCCGGUGGGUCCUGCCAUCUGGGGCCCUCGGCCCGGCAAGUACGACCUUGACACGUGGGUUAAUAACUGCCUUCAGUUGGGCGGUUACUACGCCAAAGUCCACGCGUACGGCUUGGCGAUGUACUGCCAUGCGGCGGCGCAAGCUGUUGUGGAUCGCGACACCGCUGCGGGUUUGGUACUUGGGGAGGACAUCGCGGCAAACAUCCAGCUUGCUACGGCACGCGUGUACAACAUGCGUCUUGCUGCCAGCCACGCUAGGCACGUGGAAGGAAAGCAUCUAGAGAUGCACUAUCCGGACGUGUCGUACUUCCCCGACUACCUCAGGUUCUCGGGUUUGGCCGUACCGUCCCCCGACACGUUCCCGUGGGGUGAGGCCGCCCUGGCCGCUGACUUCGAGGGGGCACGGGAGCUACUGAAUACGGGCAUGCCGUACUUCAAGGCGGCGUUGUCGUACUACCAGUUGGACGGCUGGGUAACGGAUCACGUGGGAAUCCGGUUGGACAUGAGUAAUAUGUACAGAUGUCUCGCCGGGUUCGAGUCCGACCCCUCCCGGGCCGUCGCCAUGCACCGGUGCCGCUGCCAGCUGCUGGAGCCGCUCUCCGGCGCCCUCAACCCCGACCACUACCCGGGGCUGAGCCGCUCCAUAGACUUGGAGCUGGCACACGUGUACAGGGAAAUCUCGGAUGUACGGGACCUCCAGGGGGGGCAGACGGCCAAGGCCAGUGCCGCCGCCGGCUCCGCCGCCCGGUACUACCAGCGGUUUCUCCAGUCCUUCGCCAGUUCCGAAACCGGAGCCCUUCCUGAUCGAGUGGAUACAGAUAACGAGCCGUACUUUCUGAUGGCAUCAUUCGGACUGGGCCGAAUGCUGAACCGAAUGAAGUCUGGCUCCGGAACUAGUACGGCAUCAUUCGGGAACGGGAGUACGGCACAGAAAAGUGAUGGCGCUACCAAGACUGAUACGACGAGCUACGAGUCCCUCGUGAUCGCCGCGCACAAGCACCUGCAGUGGACCUCCCAGUACGUCAGGAGGCACGGACUGGAGAGCUGGACUCAGGAAGCCCAGGCGGCUGAGGAGCUUAGCGAACUGUUGGUGGAACACAUGUACAUGAGAGCCAGGGCAGCGGCAGCUCGGCGGGCAGCGGCACCUCCUCACCCAGAGGCCUCUGGGCUGCUGCGUGCCCACACACACGAACUAGAAUGUCAUCACUACGUCUUUUUCUCCUCGGGGCGAGGCACAGGAUCAUGUACGACGGAUCAUGUACGACACCAUUGCGAGGGCGCAUUGCGCCUCUUUCUUUCCCCCACACCCCUAGCUGAGUUAACAGCUGACGGCUGCCGGCUAGCUAGCCACACCUCCACACCUCGCCUUCUCCCGGAGUCUCCUCCAGACUCCUCACCGUCCGCCUUGACAGUCCGCCUUGACAGUCCGCCCGGGGGGAGAACACCGGCACGCAGAAGAGGGUGGGGGACCUGUGCCCCGGUCGGUCCGAACAACUCCAGUAUCAGGUCCUUACUGGAGUUGUGUUCGGACCUGAUAAAGCCAAGUUGCGGCCUGAGACGGAAAUGGACCAUCCAGAAGGUGGCAGAAGUGUCGUACAUUGAACCGCCGUCAGCGGAGUCACCCGCCGGAUACCUGCAUGCCGAUGCCAUGCGUCUCAUGCAUCGUCACCAUCACCGUCAUCGUAGCAUUGUCAUCAUGCGAUAUGCCAUCAUGCGCACGUGUACCACUACCAUGCGCGACACCUUGAAGAAGGAGGAGCAGCGGCAGCAGCAGAAUAAGAAGAACAUUGAGUACGGCAACGGCUAUGAUGCAGACUACAACGGGUGUACGACAUCGUCCAGAGGAAAUACAAAAGGUCGUCCAAAAUGA